GGCAGCACGGAGGCCGGAGCGCCUAAGGCACCCCACGCCCAGCGGGACUCAAAAGGCACACGCUCGUCCUGUGGGGCAGGCCAGCUAAUAAGCACCUUGGAGCCUGACGCACGCCCCACGCCCUCCUGCUGGCUUCCUCCCGCGGCUUCGCACUCGCAGAGGCAUUCUGCCAGCCUCCGUGGCGUCAGGGCUCCGAGGGAAGGCAGCCGCUGCGGCAGCGCCGGUGUCAGGUGGAGGCUUGGUGGGAGCGGGGAGACCCGGGUGGACGUGCCCCACUGCGGUCCGCAGAAGCCCCCGGACGGGCGGCCGCAGGUCGAGGGUGGCAGGAGGCGGUGAAUGACAUCUCUUCCACACGGCAGCUGGCGUGGUGCUCCUGGUAUUCCUUCCGUGGGUGAACCCUUUCGUGGAGGUUUGGGCUUUUGGUGUAUAGGCAGUUUUUUACGUGCGGGCUGUUCUACUGUGUUUACGAAGACAGGGUUCCCGGGCCUUGACCACGAGCCGAGGGGCGGCUCGCCUCCUCUGCUCAGAGCGCCAGGACCGUGAUUGCCAGGCCGCCUUCCCCGUCCCCCACACCGCAUGCCGGGAGGGAAGAUGGUGAAAGAAACCGGCUACUACGACCUGCUGGGCGUAAAGCCCUUCGCCACGAUGGAGGAGAUCAAGCGCGCGUACCGGCGGCUGGCGCUACGGUACCAUCCGGACAAGAACCCCACUGAAGGGGAGCGGUUCAAGCAGAUCUCGCAGGCGUAUGAAGUGCUCUCGGAUCCCCACAAGCGCUCACUGUACGAUCGUGGUGGGGAGCGGGCCAUGAAGGAAGGGGGCGUGGGGGGCAGAGGUGGCUUCGGGCCCCCCAUGGACAUCUUUGACCUGUUCUUUGGAGGAGGGGGACGCCCUCAUGGACCCCGCAUGGAGAGGAGAGGAAAAACAGCCGUCCACCAGUUGUCUGUGACCUUGGAGGACCUGUACAACGGCGCUACUCGAAAGCUCUCCCUGCAGAAGAACGUCAUUUGCAGAAGUUGUGGCGGCCGUGGAGGCAGGGAAGGCCUCGACACCAGGUGCCCCAAGUGCCACGGCUCCGGCGUGGAAGUGGUGGUGCACCAGCUGGGCCUCAACAUCAUGCACCAGGUCCAGACGAUGUGCUCGCACUGCCAGGGCCAGGGCGAGUGGGUGCGGCCCCUGGACCGCUGCCUCACCUGCAACGGGCGGAAGGUCACCCGGGAAAAGAAGAUCCUUCACGUCCACCUGGACAAAGGCAUGGCGGACCGGCAGAAGAUCACCUUCCACCAGGAGGGCGACCAGGUUCCUGGCUUCGAGCCCGGAGACAUCGUCAUUGUCCUGGACCAGAGGCCGCACCCCGUCUUCCAGCGCCGGGGCAAUGACCUCCUCGUCGAGAAGGAGGUGGCGCUGGUGGACGCCCUCUGCGGCUGCAAGCAGGUCAUCCGGACGCUGGACAACCGCCGGCUGCUGGUCUCCUCGCGGCCAGGAACAGUCAUCAAGCCCGGGGACAUGAAGUGCGUCCCCAACGAGGGGAUGCCCAUCUUCCGGAACCCGACGCAGAAGGGGAAGCUGAUUGUGCUCUUCAAGGUGAAGUUCCCCGAGCCGGGCUGGCUGCCGGCACAGCAGCUGCCGCAGUUCCAGGCUUUCUUCCCCCACCGUGAGGAGGUCAUGGCCACCGAGGACACGGAGGAGGUGGAGCUGAGGGAGUUCUUUCCGCAGCCCGACUUUGGCGGGAGGCGCUUUCCUGGCGAGCCCCACCCCGGGGACGACUUCGAGGACCCCCUGCGGCCUAAUGUCCAGUGCCAUGCAUCGUAGCACCGCGGGGCUGAGCCUUCCGGGGCCAGGGGGCACGGCGGGGGAGAGGGCGGAGGGUGAGCGGUGACGCCCCCACCCUGCCGCCGCCAGACAGCCCAGAGCGCAUCUCCCAGCCUCGCCUCUCGUGCUUCCGAAGGCAGCCCGGCCAGUUCCAGGGGAUCCUGGAUUCCGGGCGGCUGGCCCUUCCCACCGCACGGAGCACGAACUCCUUUUUCGGGGCCCGUCCAGGGCCCGGGUGUCUUCUGGAGGGGUGCAGGCACCCUGUUUGCGGCCCUGUGAUUUCCGAAUUGUGCGAAGGCCGUUGACAAAAGCGCCCCGGAGGCCGUGCAGAACCGGGCGAGCCUCACAGCGGCUGCGUCGCCUCCCGGGCCUUUGUGGCACAGGCCCGACGGCCCCGUAAGCAGGAGCAGCACUCGCUUGGCCGGCCCGGAGGGGCUCCCCGGUGGCCCCUGCGCUGAGCAGCCCUGAGCGGGGCCAGCGGGCCUUUGGUGCAGCAAGGGCUAUCUGCCCACGCGAAGUGCGGCCUCGGAGAAGCCAUUCCGCCCGGGCGGCAGGAGGAGCAGCGGGCUCCCCGGCUGGGCCGGGAGUGCGUGGUCAUGCGCCGCCUCUGCCUGCUCGGGCCCGGGGCUCGGCCCGUGUCCCCGGAGAGUGGCGAGCAGGAGUGGCCGUGUCCUGCGGCAGCCACCGAAGAGCGGGAGCUGAGCCUCGUGGGCCCAGGAGCUGGCCUGCUUCCUCGGCCGUGGCCGCGCGGCGGUCUCGCGAUGACGGACCAGGCUCCAGCAGGCCUGGCACUGGCCUGAAGGGAGGCAGGUGCACGAGGGGCCCCAGCGGAGGCGGGGUGACCGCCACGAGGCCCCGGGGCCCUCUUCAGCCCGGCCCCGUCCCUCCGGCCCGGCUGUGCUCUGGCCCUCCCUGGAGAUGGGGCCUGCUGGCCGGCCGCGGUGCCCAGGCGCCUCUCAGCCCCGGCCGGGUCCUCUGCCUGAAGUGCCUUCUGAACCAUGUUUACAUUUGUGCUUGGCAAUAUUCCCCCGAUGCCUGUGGCCCCGGGCACUGACCGUGUGCCCUCCCCAGGCUCUUCCCGCGGCUGUUGCGGCCCCGCUCCGAAGAGCCGCAGAACAGCGUGUGGGUCGCGUCUGGCCUGCUCGCCUCGCCAUCCUGCUCCGCCACGCAGGGGCUCCUUCCAGAGCAGGCAAGCCCCCCCUCCGGCCCACAUCCCUCCCCACAGCGGGAGCCUGCCCUGUCCAGCCAGCGCUCGGCGGGAGGGCCAGAGGGGGCACCCCAUCCCCUCAGCAGAGAAUUCCACGGAAGCAGGGCCUGCUUGCACCUCCCGCGCACGGACGGACUGCGCACAGGCCGAGAUGGCCCUGCGGCCUGUGGCCUUGCCUUUCUUUCUGGAACAGGCACAAGUUCCUAGUCCAUGCAGAGGCCACAGAGGUCUGCUUGCCAGUGGUGGGGGUCUUGGGCAAGGGAGGCGGGGCUCUGAAUGAGGCUUUCUUUUCUGUGGUCUGGGGACUGCAAGCUUUGCUUCCUUCUGUGCCCGCGCUGCUAGUGAUUUCAGAAUAAAUGUAGAACAGAGGAAAAAUA